AUACCUUGAGGGGGAGCAGAAUAAAACGCUCGCUAGUUUCCCCCUCCUCGCUUACCUGUUGGCCUGCCUGGAUUUUCACGGCAGGUGUUGUGAGGCCCAGUUUGUGUUUGAUGGGUGUGUCAGUGGCCGGGACUGUGGGAACAUGAGUUCAUGUGUUCAACAAGCGUUGCUCUAGCCUCCGGCCUACGGAAAGUGCAUAUUUCAUGGGAUUACUCUGCGGCCGCUUAUUGGAACUCCGGAUUGCGCUGCACCAUCGGCAGGACUUCAAGCUUUGAUGCUGAACUCCUCCUGCCAAGAUGGUCAUAGUUACGCGGGGCGACUACAUCUGGAUAGAGCCGCAGGCGAAGCGGGAGUUUGACGUCGCCAUCGGGGCCCGAGUCGCAUCGGCCGAAGGCAGAAGGAUACAGGUUAUCGACGACGACGGCAAGGAGCAAUGGCUGACACCGGAGAGGCGCAUCAAGGCGAUGCACCCGACGUCCAUUCAGGGCGUGGAGGACAUGAUCUCCCUGGGGGACCUGCACGAGGCGGGCAUCCUCCGGAACCUGCUCAUUCGCUACAACGAGAACCUCAUCUACACUUACACGGGAUCCAUCUUAGUAGCAGUAAAUCCCUACCAGAUCCUGCCCAUCUACACGGCAGAGCAGAUCAAAUUAUACAAGGACAAGAAGAUUGGAGAGCUGCCGCCCCACAUCUUUGCUAUUGGUGACAAUGCUUACACGAACAUGAAGAGGUUUCAUGUCAACCAGUGUGUCAUCAUCAGUGGUGAAAGUGGAGCAGGCAAGACGGAAAGCACAAAGUUGAUUCUCCAGUACUUGGCAGCCAUUAGCGGCCAGCACUCAUGGAUAGAGCAGCAGAUCCUAGAAGCUAAUCCAAUCUUGGAAGCAUUUGGGAAUGCAAAGACCAUACGGAAUGAUAACUCCAGUAGGUUUGGAAAAUAUAUUGAUAUUCACUUCAACAAGCAGGGUAUUAUUGAAGGUGCCAAAAUCGAACAGUACCUGCUUGAAAAGUCUCGGAUUGUGAGCCAAGCACAGUAUGAAAGGAAUUACCACAUAUUCUACUGCAUGCUGUCUGGUUUGAGUAAAGAAGACAAGGCAAAACUUGAGCUUCAAGAUGCCUCAAAAUACCAUUAUUUGACUCAGGGAGGAAGCAUCACGUGCGAAGGCCGGGAUGAUGCAGCUGAAUUUGCUGACAUUCGGUCAGCCAUGAAGGUGCUAAUGUUUUCAGACCACGAAAUUUGGGACAUUCUCAAGAUACUGGGCAUUGUGCUACAUCUUGGCAACAUCAAGUAUAAACCCCGCUUAAUCGACAACCUUGACGCUGUGGAGCUGAUUGGUGCCGGGAGUGUCCAGAGUGCGGCAAAACUUCUCGAGGUCAACCAGCAACACCUAAUGGAUGCCCUGACAACUCGUACCAUAUUCGCGCAUGGCGACACUGUAGUCUCAACAAUGAGUGUGGACCAAUCCAAGGACGUGCGUGAUGCAUUUGUCAAGGGAAUCUAUGGCCGCAUGUUCAUUUGGAUUGUGAAUAAGAUAAACUCCGCAAUCCACAAGCCAAAGUCAGCUGCGGGUCAUUACCGAACGUCCAUAGGUGUGCUCGACAUCUUUGGCUUUGAGAACUUUGCUGUCAACAGCUUUGAGCAGUUCUGCAUCAACUACGCCAAUGAGAACCUGCAGCAGUUCUUUGUGCGGCAUAUCUUCAAGCUUGAGCAGGAGGAAUACAACCUUGAGUGCAUCAACUGGCAGCACAUUGAGUUUGUGGACAACCAGGACUGCCUGGACCUCAUCGCUGUCAAGCCCAUGAACAUCAUGGCCCUGAUUGAUGAGGAAAGCAAGUUCCCUAAGGGCACUGACCAGACAUUGCUAAACAAGCUCCACAAGACUCAUGGAACUAACAAGAACUACCUGAAGCCAAAGUCUGACAUCAACACGGCGUUUGGGUUGAGCCAUUUUGCCGGGGUGGUCUUUUAUGAUGCCCGAAACUUCCUGGAGAAGAAUCGUGACACAUUCAGUGCUGACCUGAUCCAGUUAAUACAAGUCAGCAACAACAAGUUUCCAAACCUCUUUGUCAACGACAUUGGCAUGGGCACAGACACUCGUAAGAAGACGCCAACGCUGAGUGCCCAGUUCAAGAGGUCCCUUGACUCUCUGAUGAAGGCAUUAAGUCAGUGCCACCCUUUCUUCAUCAGGUGCAUCAAGCCUAAUGAGAACAAGAAACCCAUGAUGUUUGACAGGGAGCUGUGCUGCAAACAGCUGCGCUACUCGGGCAUGAUGGAGACCAUCCGAAUUCGACGAGCAGGCUAUCCGAUCCGACACACGUUUCGGGAGUUUGUCGAGCGCUAUCGCUUUCUCAUCCCUGGUGUCGGCCCCGUGCACAAGGUUGAUUGUCGUGCGGCUACGGCUCGCAUCACGGCCGCUGUUCUUGGCAAGGCGGACUACCAGAUGGGGAAGACGAAAGUGUUCCUCAAGGAUGCACACGACUUGUUUCUGGAGCAGGAGAGGGACCGGGUGCUGACCCGCAAGAUCUUGAUUCUGCAAAAGGCCAUUCGAGGCUGGUACUACAGACGUCGCUUCCUCAAGAUGCGCAAGAGCACGCUCACCAUUCAGCGGUGCUUCAGGGCCUACUUGCAGCGAAAGCGUUUCUGGCGAACCGGCUACCAGCGGCUACAAGCCUUGAUCCGGUCUCGUGUCCUCUCACACCGCUUCAAGCAUCUGCGAGGACACAUUGUGACCCUUCAGGCUCUCUGCAGAGGCUUUGUGGUGCGUCGAGAAUACCAGAAGAAGCACGCUGCUGUGAUCAAGAUCCAGGCAUUCGUCCGCAGGGUCAUUGCCCAGAAGAACUACCAGAGAAUGAAGAUAGAGCAUCAGCACAUUCUUGAAGCCAUGCGACUCAGGGAACAGGAGGAGGCCAUGCUGAAGAAGCAAAUGAACCCGAAAAAGGCUCGCGAGAUUGCCGAGCAAAAGUUCAGGGAGCGUCUCCAAGAACUGCACAUCAGGCAGCAGGAGGAAGAUGUUCUGGUUCGACGCAGCUUGGAACAGAAGAUGGCCGUCAUCAAGGAUGCUGCAAGUCGACAAGACGAGCCUCUCGAUGACUCCAAGCUGGUUGAUGUCAUAUUUGACUUUUUGCCUCGGUCGGAGUCGGUCAACGAGCAGGUGGGCCCAUCAGCAUUCAAGGAUCUAGAGGCUUCUCGGGAGAAUGCCAUCAAUGGGGGCGAGGUGGAGGGCUCGAUUCCAGCGGUGCCCGAGGACAAGGAUGACCUCAGCGAGUACAAGUUCCAGAAGUUUGCGGCUACCUACUUCCAAGGAAGUGCUAGCCACCAGUACCAGCGAAAGCCUCUCAAGAACUCUCUACUUCCGCUGCAAACGCAAGGCGACACCAUGGCUGCGUUGGCACUGUGGAUCACAAUUUUGCGAUUCAUGGGUGACUUGCCAGAGCCCAAGUUCCACACCAUGGACAGGGACAACUCAUCAGUUAUGAGCAAGGUCACUGCCACUUUGGGUCGCAACUUCAUCAGGACCAAGGACUUUCGUGAAGCGCAAAUGAUGGGUGUUGACACUGACUCGUAUACCAAGCAGAAGUCUCGUAGCAUCCGCAACAAGCUGGUAUCGCUCACCCUGAAGCGCAAAAACAAGAUCACAGAAGACGUGAGGCGCCACCUUCAGGAAGAAGAGCUGGCAGCAGACAACUACAGCCACUGGCUGGAAAGCCGGCCCACCUCCAAUCUUGAGAAGCUGCACUUCAUCAUCGGCCAUGGAAUUCUGCGAGAGGAGCUCAGGGAUGAAAUAUACUGUCAGAUCUGCAAGCAGCUGACAAAUAACCCAGAGAAGAAUUCCCAUGCCAGGGGUUGGAUCCUGCUGUCGCUCUGUGUUGGGUGCUUUGCUCCCUCUGACAAGUUUGUCAAGUACCUACUCAACCUAAUCAGGGAGGGUCCACCAGGCUACGCACCAUACUGUGAGGAGCGGCUACGGCGCACCUUUAUGAAUGGCACAAGGGGCCAGCCGCCAUCAUGGUUGGAGCUACAGGCCACAAAAUCCAAGAAGCCUCUCAUGCUGCCCAUCACCUUCAUGGAUGGCAACACUCGAACCCUAUUGGCUGACUCGGCCACUACUGCCCGCGAGCUCUGUGCACAGCUGUCAGCCAAGAUCGGAUUAAGAGACCAGUUUGGAUUCUCCCUCUACAUAGCUCUCUUUGACAAGGUUUCAUCACUUGGCAGUGGAGGAGAGCAUGUGAUGGACGCCAUCUCGCAGUGCGAACAGUAUACGAAAGAACAAGGGGCUCAGGAGCGCAAUGCCCCAUGGCGGCUGUUCUUCCGAAAGGAAAUCUUCGCACCCUGGCAUGACCCCACUCAGGAUCCCGAAGCUACCAACUUGAUCUUCCAGCAAGUGGUUCGUGGCAUCAAGUUCGGGGAGUACAAGUGCGACAAGGAGGAAGAUUUGGCCAUGAUAGCAGCUCAGCAGUAUUAUGUUGACCAUGGCACCGAGCUGAACAUGGAGACUCUUCUGGCCUUGUUGCCAACAUACAUUCCCGAUAACUGCCUUCAGGCCAGUGACAAGGCUCUGGAGAGGUGGGCUGGCCUUGUUGUGCAGGCAUUGAACAAGAGCUACUUUUUUCGUGAGAGAGUGCCCCCUCUACGUGUGAAGGAGGAUGUGGUGGAGUACGCCAAGCUCAAGUGGCCCCUCCUCUUCUCCCGCUUCUAUGAGGCCUUACGCUCCUCGGGUCCUCACUUGCCAAAGAAUGAUGUCAUCAUUGCCAUAAACUGGACAGGCGUGUAUGUCGUCGACGAGCAGGAGCAAGUGUUGCUCGAGCUCUCCUUCCCAGAGAUCACCUCGGUUGCCAGCCACAAGGGAAAUCGCCCCUUCUUGCAGAGCUUCACACUUAGCACUGUGCGUGGGGAGGAAUUCACCUUCCAGUCUCCCAACUCGGAAGAUGUGCGGGACUUAGUUGAUUUCUUCCUAGAAGGUCUCAAGAAGCGCUCCAAGUUUGUCAUUUCUCUACAGGAAUACAAAGGGGAUGCAGCAAACUACUUAAGCUUUGAACAGGGCGACCUCAUACUGCUGGAGGACAACAUGUGUGGGGAACACGUGCUUAACAACAACUGGUGCACAGGUCGUAAUGAGCGGACUGGCGAGAAGGGCGACUUUGCCUCAGAUUAUGUGUAUGUGCUGCCUGCGCUGUCGAAGCCACCAAACAACAUCCUGGCACUUUUCACUCAAGACGGUGCAGAGAAUGGCAAGAAGCUGUUCCAGCACACACAGACUAAUGGAAUCGAAUCUCGGGAGCAUCCACAUACUUUGGAAGAAUACGCACUGGACUUCUUUAGGCCACUUCCCAAGAAGAGUCUUCAGCGCACACUGACGUUGUCUUCUGCGAGACGGCGAGACGGGGAACAACUCUGGCGCCACUCGCGAGAACCUCUCAAGCAGCCAUUGCUCAAGAAGCUCCUCAACAAGGAAGAGCUGAGCCAGGAGGCCUGCUUUGCCUUUAAUGCUAUCCUGAAGUAUAUGGGCGACCUACCAUCCCGAAGAACAAGAUCAGGCAACGAACUCACAGACCAGCUUUUUGAGGGUCCCCUGAAGCACGAAAUCCUGAGGGAUGAGAUCUACUGCCAAAUAAUGAAGCAGCUGACUGAUAACAAGAACAGGCUCAGUGAGGAGCGGGGCUGGGAACUGAUGUGGCUGGCCACAGGACUGUUUGCACCUAGCCAAUCGCUCCUGAAGGAGCUGACGCAGUUUCUCAGGACGCGGGCACAUCCUAUCUCACUGGACUCACUGCAGCGACUUCAGAAGACACUAAGGACUGGUCAGCGAAAGUACCCACCCCACUUAGUGGAAGUUGAAGCCAUCCAGCACAAGACAACGCAGAUUUUCCACAAGGUCUACUUUCCUGAUGACACCGAUGAGGCAUUUGAAGUGGACUCUGGCACACGGGCCAAGGAUUUCUGUCUAAACAUCAGCCAGCGGCUAAACUUGCGGACUGCCGAGGGAUUCAGCUUAUUUGUAAAAAUUGCUGACAAGGUCAUCAGUGUACCAGAAGGAGACUUCUUUUUCGACUUCGUCCGGCAUCUUACCGACUGGAUUCGCAAGGCCAGGCCAACGAGAGAUGGAUCUAUACCUCAAUUCACAUACCAAGUGUUCUUCAUGAAAAAGCUCUGGACUAACACCAUACCUGGAAAGGACAAGAAUGCGGACAUCAUCUUCCACUUUCACCAGGAACUGCCCAAGUUGCUUCGUGGCUACCACAAGUGCACCAAGGAAGAGGCAGCCAAACUCGCUGCCCUUAUAUACAGGGUGCGAUUUGGGGAGAGCAAGGUGGAGCUGCAGGCUGUCCCAUCCAUGCUCAGAGAGCUUGUUCCCGCUGACAUGAUCAAGGCACAGAGUGCCAAUGACUGGAAGAGGGCUAUCGUAGCUGCUUAUAACCAGGAUGCAGGAACGUCGCAAGAAGACGCCAAGAUCAUGUUCUUGAAAAUCAUCUAUAAAUGGCCAACGUUUGGCUCCGCAUUCUUCGAAGUCAAGCAAACUACGGAGCCAACAUACCCAGAGCAGCUGUUGAUUGCCAUUAACAAGCAGGGAGUGAGUUUGAUUCAUCCAGUUUCUAAGGAUAUCCUAGUCACCCACCCAUUCACGCGCAUCUCCAAUUGGAGCAGCGGGAACACUUACUUCCACAUGACCAUUGGCAACCUGGUGCGCGGCAACAAGCUGCUCUGCGAGACUCCUCUCGGCUACAAAAUGGAUGAUUUGCUGACUUCAUACAUCAGCCUGCUGCUAACAAACAUGAACAAACAAAGGACUCUGCGAGUGAAGCAGUGAAAUGCAAGCUGGCACGUCGCCAUUUAGUGUAAAAGCAGCUUAUGUCACCAAGCUGCUCAUAAGCUGCCACGGGAAUAUCGUUGUGCAUUUUUUAUAUGCGUGGGCAUGGAAAUGCUAGCAUGCACUACAGUUUAACAGAGGGUCAGGGUUUUCACUCAUGCAAAACUUGGCAGCAGUUUGCGAAUCUUUUAUUGCCUUGCGCCUGCUGUUCUCUCCGUCGAAACAGCAAUUCGCUCUCAGUGGCUGCCAAGUGCGAUGUCUGUCCAGGCGGGCGUGCUGAGCAUGGCUCAGUUUGUCACUUUUAAACUAGCUAUGCGAGUAUGUAAGUGUUUACUUGUCAAUAUAUGAAAAAGACUGAGUGGGAAGUGCACAGCCUUUCUCCUUUCCCCCUGCCGGUCCAGUACUGUUAGUGAAAGUCUAUGCAAGGCAGCGGCACAUGUGAAGAUGAACUUCCAUUUUCACCACUUACACACACCUUACAGUAUGCAGGGUUCUUCUGUUUCUUCUCUUCCUCCUCAUUCACUUUACUUUGAAGCCUUGGAAAGGCAAUCAUUCUUGACCUGACAGCCUGCCAAUAUGUUUUUUUGAUGAAAAUGUGAUGACAUUUUAUUUAUCUCUGAUGUAAUAAGACCCAACUCCACUCAUUACAUUUUUGUAAUUGUUGGCGGUGUUAGAAUUUGUUGCAGGCAAGUUGCGACUAUUCUCUUGACAGUGUGAAAAAUCGAAAAUUCGCAGCCAAGCUGCUCUUUUCUUAUUUUUUUAUUUCAUUUUUGACAUGUACUUCUCUGAGUUGUGAACAUAAUAGGCAGCAGAGAGCCUGGGUGCUCUCCACUUGCGGCAGCCAAUAUUCCCACUGUACAAAAUAUACUGCGACGAAACGUCUCAGCAGCACAUUCCAGCGUGGAGGGUGUGGUAACGUAAAGUAAUCACAAACUUCUGUAAAUGACUGAACGUACAUUCCAGACAAUAAAAGCAAGAAUAACAG